AUGGCAGCAUUGAAGCAGGAAUUAGACCAGAAGAACGUUAUUGCUACAGGUCAUCGACUGAACGACGAUCACAUUGAUGACUUUGGGCGUUUUAUUUAUUCUUCGCACUUAAUAAACCCUAUACCGCAGGACCGAAAACAUAUUCAGUUAUUAUAUAGCUCAAGUGAUCUUACUGACCGGCGUGCACCUGGUGGUCAUUGGGUCUGCAGUUAUUAUGAUAAAAAAAAACUGUUCAUUUAUGAUUCCCUCAGGGCUCCGACGAAACGAUUACAUGAACAUCACAGAUUGGUUCUUGAGAAACUAUACCCACAUCUCAAUCUCAAUGUUAAAUCGAUAGUCGUAUUUCCACUCGUCGAUCAGCAGCCGAAUGAUAAAGAUUGCGGCGUAUAUGCAAUCGCAUUUGCUGUAACGAUUUUGUUUGGUUUAAAGCCGGAGAACGUUAGAUAUGACAGUACACAGAUGCGUCGUCAUUUGUUGGAGAUGUUUGAAUCCAAAAGAAUCGAGCAUUUCCCUGGACAAUCAACAGACAAAAACAUCGUACCAACGUUGAAAGUUGUAAUCAAUAGGCAAAAACAGAGCACGAAACGAGCUCUGUCGAGAGCAAAAAGUGAGAACCGAGAAACAGGAUCUACUUCAGCAACAGACGAUUAUACUGACGGUUUCCUGACGGUCACGUCACGACAAAAGACGUCACGCCCUGAAGAUUGUGGCAAAGGCAAUAAUAACAGUAAAAAGAGGGGAGGAGUUGUUACUGACACUGCUGUAGCGUUCGCGAACACAAAUCGAUUUUCGAUUCUAAAUGAGCUUGACGAGAAUGCUAACGAUUCAAAAAGCACACUCAAACAAAGAGUAAACGGUGUAAACGCAAGCACAAGUGAAAAAAAAAAGGACGGCCAGCCCUAAAAGUAUUCAUACUAAUAAAGUUAUCGUCGUUGAUGGC